AUGUCGACAAGAAUAAUCGAGGACGAACACAAUGAUUAUAUGCGAAGUUUUUUCAUGCAAUCAAGUGAGUCUCGAGAAUCAGGGGGAAAUGAAAAUUUGAAAAUUUAAGCGUCGCGGACAAGACUAUGUUAUUACGCGGAAUUAGUAUUCACACUUAUAAUCUUGAUUUGCGCUUUUUUGGAAGCUUUUGUAUACGAUGCAGUUUCAAUUGGAGUUGUUUUAUUGAUUGGAGCCUAUGCAACACUUCUUCUUUAUUUUAUUAUGUAUUUUGGAUGUGUUUAUAAUUGUGUUGCACUUUUGAGUUUACAUACUUAUAUCACAAUUUUGGUUGGUUUUACUUGUUGGGUUGGAGUUCUUCAUCCACUUUUAUUUGAAAGUGUAAUGUAUAGUUCAGUUCAAAACAAUCGGUAAGUUUAGAAGUGAUUUAGUUCACUUCAAAAGCUGGCAGAUCUUCUGGAAGUUUUUAAUCCCUCCUAAAAUUCUCACCUCACAAAUCAGCAAUAUCAAAAUUAAUUUCAGCGAGUUGGUCUACAAAUAUUAUAGUUUCUUGAUAAUUUAUGGAUGUUUGAUGGGUUGUUGGGCGGCAUCAUCAUAUUCACGAUGGAAAGAAAUCAAAUCAGUCGAAAAAUCACACUUGGAUCAUUUGAUAAAAUUAUUACUGUCAAUCAAGAAAGUUUCAAAAGAUAUUCCGAUGGAAGGUAAAAAAUAUUCGCUCAAACCAAAAGAUGUUUAUUCGCUUUCAUAA